AUGUACCGCCCUUCUCGCCAUAAUUUAAAGACAACCCUCGAUCUCUUUGGUUUCGCUCACCUUCCGAGGUUUGGAGAUUCAAGCAUGGCCGGAAUUUUGUUACUGGCCCUGUGUGGCCUGCCGGUAUACAUUGCCAUCAAGAGCAUUUACAGGCUAUACUUCCACCCGCUCAGCAAAAUCCCUGGGCCCAAGCUUGCAGCGAUCACCGGUGCUUAUGAAUUCUAUUUCAAUGUCAUCAAGCGAGGAAUGUUCAUUUGGGAAAUGGAGCGUCUCCAUGAAGUAUACGGACCCAUUAUACGCGUUACCCCGAAUGAAGUCCACAUCAAAGACUCGGACUACUACGAUGAGAUCUACGCUUCGAAUAAGCGCCGGCGCGAAAAGGUGUACGACCGAGUCGCCAAGUUCGACCUCGAGGGCUCGGGAUUCUCGAGCAUCUCCCCAGAAGACCACCGGAUGCGUCGCGCACAGAUAGAAAAGUACUUUUCCAGACAGUCAGUCACUAACAUCGAGCACGUCAUUUACGAAAGUAUCGACAAGCUCGAUGAGCACUUCCAGCGUGCUUUCAAGACGAACCAAGUCGUCGGCGUUGACGCCGGCUUUGCAGGCCUGACUUCCGAUAUCAUCCACAACUACGCCUACGGCUUCAACAGUGGAAAUUUGGAUCAUGAAAACUUCAACGAGAACGUUAGAGAUGGAGUCAAUGGGCUGCUUAAGCUCGCUCAUCUCCUCUUUCACGUUCCCAUCCUGCAAACUAUCAUGAAGAUGCUUCCAUUGUGGGUUCUGGAGAAAUGCAACCCGUACGCCUAUGCCCUGCAAAGCCAGAAGGCCGAUCUUCUCGACCGAACAACAAAGUUCAUACAAGGCCAUUCCGCAGAGUUGAAGAAUCGCCCCAUCAUGGAGAUUCUCUGCACAUCGGACAUGCCCGAGGAACUGCGAGAAGCUGUACGCCUCAACAACGAGGGUUUCGCCAUGGUCAUCGGUGGUAUUGAGACUACUGCGCGAUCUUUGGCUAUUGCUUCUUUCUGGCUGAUGACGAACGACACGAUCAAGAAUAAAUUGCGGGAGGAGCUGCGUACUGUCAUGCCGACGCCGGACUCUCGUCCGACAUGGAGCCAACUUGAGCAAUUGCCUUAUAUGUCUGCGGUCGUUUCGGAGACACUUCGCCUCUCAACUGGAAUCGCCAAUCGAUCACCUCGUGCUGCGCCUUCUGAAGCAUUGGUAUACAAGGGAUAUGUCAUUCCUCCCGGAACACCUGUCAGCGAGACAAACUACUUCGUCCUGACAGACCCGGAGAUCUUCCCUGAUCCACACACCUUCGACCCAGACCGGUGGUUGCGUGCUGCCGCCAGGGGACAGCGCUUGGAUAAGUACAUGGUCAACUUCUCGAAGGGAACUCGGAUAUGUGUUGGCAUGAACCUGGCAUAUGCCGAGUUGUACCUCGUGCUGGCGGCGUUUGUCCGUCGCUAUGAUAUGGAGUUAUUUGAAACGACGGAGAAGGACAUUGCCUUUGCCCGUGACUUUGGUACUCCUUACCCUGACGAUGGCAAUAUUCGCGUGCGGGCUAUGGUCACGAAGGUCAUUGAGGAAUGA